AUGGCGAUACAUUUAUACAAAACUUCUACCCCGAGCACACGCAAUGGAGCCGUAGACAGUCAAGUGAAAUCCAAUACACGAAAUAAUUUGAUCUAUGGACAGCAUCGUUGUGGUAAAGGCCGUAAUGCCAGAGGAAUCAUUACCGCAAGGCAUAGAGGGGGAGGUCAUAAACGUCUAUACCGUAAAAUCGAUUUUCGACGGAAUGAAAAAUACAUAUAUGGUAGAAUCGUAACCUACGACCCUAAUCGAAAUGCAUACAUUUGUCUCAUACACUAUGGGGAUGGCGAGAAGAGAUAUAUUUUACAUCCCAGAGGGGCUAUAAUUGGAGAUACCAUUAUUUCUGGUACAGAAGUUCCUAUAAAAAUGGGAAAUGCCCUACCUUUGAGUGCGCUCCGCUGGCACAAGCACACGGAAGAGCUGGCAUGGGCAAUCCGGUGGACCAAUCCUAUUAUGGUAGAACUAGCUAAAGAAGCCCGAAGAAAGAGCCUUUUGGAUGGGGCUAGGGCAUUUGCUUCAGAAGGCAAGCAUAAACUCCAUGGCUCACUGAUCGAGAGUUUGCUUUUGGUGAAGUCUUUGAAUGAAGGGCCGCUCAUCAAAGAUCGGGAGAAUCCAACAGUUGAGAUCGUUAUAAGCUUAUCUCUUCGCAUCGGGCCUGAGACUAGGGCUGUAAGAAGGGCCCCUCCUCCUGGCUUCAAUCAGCCCCAUACUGAUUCAAGGGCUAUGCAUCGAAAUGAGGAUCCCUUGUUGGAAGAGCACCAGCAGGAAAUCCCCCCAGAGUGCGCUGUCGAUCAAGGCAGGAAGCCAACUAAACUAGCAUUAUUGAGUGCGACCAGUCAGCUAAGUCCUUUGUUCGAGCAAAGAAUGAGAGCAAACCCUUUGUAUCGAGUGAACCCGGAGAGAUGCAUUGAAUCAAGGCUUGGCCCAGCCCUUUUCUCUCAAUCCAAUCUCGGAUUUACAAAGUCACAUCUCGUUUACUAUCGGAUUCCCUAUUUGUUGGAAGGUUUGCGGGAAGAAUUGGACAAGAUACUAGUUGCUUUCUGUAGCGGGCUAGUCCCCAAAAAUGCUCGUUCCUUUGUUGUUGGGGCUUACAAUUCGCGCUUGGGACUCGCGGUCGAGCGUUCUUCGGCUUCGGACGUCGAUCGAUCUAUCACUCGAUCCCUCCGUUCGGUACGGCUAGUAUCCUUCGCUCGCCUUGACCUUAAAGUAGGCUACGAUCUAAAAGACCUCCUUUCCUUCGCUAGGCGUAGUGCGGUAGCUCUUGGGGAUAAGAAGAGGCCAAGUCGAUGA